AUGGCUUGUCACGAUUCAGAUGAAGAAGUGAUCUAUAAGAAAGAGGACCAUAACGACGUAGAAAAUGAAGAUGUUUGGGAUGAUAGUGCGCUGAUUAAAAUGUAUGAUGAAAUGGUCAACAAGACCUACGAUUCUCUCGAUUAUCAAGGUACUUCAACAAAAAAAAUUAAAAAAGCUCAAGGAAGAAAGUGGAAUGUAAAUGAUCAUUGUUUGGCACCGUACUACCAUGACCAGUUAUGGUAUCCGGCUAUUAUUAAAAGAUUCGGUGGAAAGCACUCUGAUAAGUGUGAAGUAUUGUAUGAUGUUUACGAUGAAUUAGCUUGGGUUAAUAUCGAGGAUCUCAUACAGUAA